GUCUACUCCUGCGGACGUGCUCGUCCUUGAUCCCGCGCACCGCGCCAAUGGGGGCGAGAAUAACGUAAUGCGGAUUAUUCCGUGCGGAUACGAGAGGGGUGAAGCCCCAUCGCGUCGAACAGUUGAUUUACAACAGGGGCUCGUGAUUAUUUGCUUCUUCGUUGUAACAGUCGAAGUUGGAAAGUUCGACAUUAUUAACGGAGGUCCUCGAACGUCACGCUAUAACGCGCCUCGCGGCUCUAAAUCCACCAUUGUUCUCCUGCCCGCCCAUAUGCUCGCCGAAAAGCAUCCAAUAAAGAAAUUAAUUCCACCUGAUCACUCCAUCAUCCCCCUGAUAGCAAGUGGGAGUGGAAAUAAUCUUGCAAAUCACACCUUUUUAAUUAAUUAAAAUUAACAAAAAACGAAAAAAUGAAAAACAAUGGGGUAUUAUUGCCAAAGUUCAAAUCGCCGAUAAUGACGAUUCCCAUUAUA